AUGACGGUAGUCCAGGUGGUUGGUGUCACCACGGAAGACGAGGAAGACAGCGAGCUGGAGGUGGAAACGACUGGAGUAGACGAAGUCACAGACUCGGACGUGGACUCAGACGUGGUCUCGUCCUUGUCACCACAGUCGGUGGUGGAGGUCGAGGUCAUUGUCAUUCUCGUAGUCGCCGUCGUCCAAUUCGUUCUCGAAAUCGUACUCCACGUUUUGCAUCAUGGCAAACCUCUUAAAACUCGUCUCGUACUCGUCUUUUGUAGACAACAACCUCUGGUACAGCGGAGACUUGAUCUCGUAGACGUUUGGGUCUUCGAGCGGUACUGGAUUGAUCUUCUUGUUGGCCAGUUUGCUCAAUACCUGGAUGUCUCUUCUGUGUCUUUCCAGGAUUAA